GCUCGUUUAAGCGAGUUAAGAUAGAGAAUUCGUAUGUCUUCGACAGUUAAUUUAAACUACACGUUGGUAAUGUACACCAGGCUGAUUCUCUUCUUUCUCUACGUGGGCGAAAGUGUGCGUGCAGAUCAAGCACUUUACGAUGGCGCACGUGGUAGCGAGGUCGUAACUACCGUGGUAGAUCGUAUACGUAAUGCGUGCAUCUUCCGUCGAGAUAACUUGUUCUUACGACGCCUGGCCUACGUGGAGAGCGCAGAUGGAACAGACCCGAAGACGUAUAGACCGGGCUACUAUGGUGGAAUCUGGCAGAUAGACGAGCCCAAGUUCCUCGCUACAACUAACUGCACAGGCCGUUUGUUCCCCAAAUGUUUGGACAUCCUUCGCGAGUUCUCCAUCGACUGGAAGCGGGUGCCAUGGCGCGCCCUUCUGAAGCCGCUCUACUCAGCCCUGGCUGCCUCUCUGUACACGCUGCUGACGGUUGGGCCGGGCGGGGUGCCCCCCGACCUCACAGGGCAGCAGGUCUUCUGGAAGGACGGCUUCCAUGACGGCAUACUACCCUACAGCUACGUGGACACAGUGCACGACAUGCCUAACGUGUGCUCCAGUACCCAGCUGGACGUGGCAUUCGUGCUGGACAGUUCAAGCAGCAUCGACAGCAUCGACUUCUACAGGACGUUGGACUUCGUCAAGGACGCCGUCACAACUCUCUUCCAAUCAAGUCCGGGCACCAGGAUCGCCGUGGUCAAGUACAGCAGUUUCGCCAUGGUGGAGUUCCACCUGGAUCGCUACCACACGGCCGCACAGGUCAGCAGCUACCUCGACAACAUGGUCUACAUUCCCGGCGGUUCCAACACCGCUGAAGCCAUCAAUGUCACCAUCCAUGACGUUUUCAGUGCUUCACAUGGCGCCAGGCGGGAGGCGUCUAAGAUCGCCAUUCUCAUAACAGACGGAAGGUCGAAGAGCUCUAACGCCACCAUUGCUGUCGGCCAAGACGCUCACAGAGCCGGGAUCACGGUCUUCACCGUCGGGAUCGGGGCAGUCAACACCCGUGUGCUGAACGCACUGGCGUCGGUCCCCACGUGUAACCACGUGUAUGUGCUGCCCACGUUCGCUCACAUUAGCGACAUCGUGUACGACAUUCUGCAGGGAUCCUGUGAGGCUCCGGCUGUGCGGGUGUUGCACUGCAACACGACGACGGAGAUCGUGCGGUCAAGCCUGCCUGACCAGGGACUCAAGAAACACUUCUAUCUGAAGAGAGACGACAUGAACAACUGCAGCGACACCAGCAACUACUUACAGGUGACUGUCGACUGCGGAGUCGUCCGCGUAUACGGCUCCUACAGCAGCCCACGACCUAGUGAGGCUUUCAACGACUUCUCCUACAUGGUCACUGGGCCUCGUCAAAAGCAACUCCUCCUCCAACACAACCAAUCAUUCUACCUGACUGUAGAGGCGCUGAAUCUCGCCACCUCCAAGAUGGCGUCGUGUCCGUCUGCUGACUUCACCCUGGCUGUGAGGAACCAAGUUGACAGUGGUUUCAACGACUCUAUGCCGACGAGUUUUCCUGAAGUCUCAGUGUCACCAGAUAAACAUGGGUGUCAAAGUAAGGCCGAUGGUUGUCCGCAGGUACAGAAACAGCUUUGUACACCAGAACAAGACACCAGUCUGCCUGCCAACCCCUGCCCAAGGGAAAACAUCCAUGGCCACGCUCUGUCCUUCACCCACCCUUUUGAUAAAACCAGGUUUAUUCAGUGUGACCUGAGCGGGAAGAUGUACAUUACCCAGUGUCCUCCAGGAGAAGAAUAUGACGUCAUAUCUCAUGGCUGUGGGUCCGCCAUAGCCGCCACGGAGCUUCCAGGCCGUCAUAUCCUGAGCGAGAACAUAUCCAACCCUUGUACUGCGCGCGACAUCAGGAACGGACUGUUGUACUUCACCCACCCUAAACCUGACAGAUUCAUUCAGUGUGAUACAUGGGGCAACCCAUGGGUGCAGCUCUGUCCGAGCUCCUUUGUCUGGGAUCAGACCCAACUCACUUGUGUCAGUUCCCUUCUUCUUUCCUCCAAAACGACGACAGCUACGUCGGCUAGUGUCAAAUCCACUGGAGCGCAGAUCCAGACGUCGCCAACGACGACCCUAGAUCCGGACAUCUGCCAGCACCCUGACGGGGUUGGGAUAUACGCUCAUCCCGACCCCACGAAGUAUAUACAGUGCCUCCUAGGACGGAAGCUGGUGCAGCAGUGCCCCCCGGGGCAGUUAUGGCGCGAGGCUCUAAUGGCAUGCGUUAUGUCAUAAGUUUG